UGAUAAGACAGUUAUUCCAGUUACAGUCAUGGAUAUGUCAAAUGUUACAAUAUCAAACAAUCUACCAACAGAAAUCUUGAAAUAUUUGUCUCCUGCUAUAUCACCGACUGUCUUAAUAGUGGUUUCGUGGAAACUAUGGAAUAUUUAUUAUAAUGUAUCUAAAGACCCAACUUUAUCACUGCCACUACCUCCUGGAAGUCUUGGUAUUCCACUUCUGGGUGAAACUAUUAGUUUUAUCAUAUCGGGUGCAAACUUCUUUAGAAGUAGGAAGAAAUUUUAUGGAGACAUUUUUAAGACACACAUCCUUGGAAAUCCUACUAUUAGAGUAUCUGGACCUCAAAAUGUUCGAACAAUCUUAAUGGGUGAAAAUUCCUUGGUAACAACGUACUGGCCAACAAGUGUCCGUAUGUUGAUGGGAGACGGAGCAGUUUCUCAUGCUGUUGGUGCCACUCAUAAACUAAGAAGAAAAGCCUUAUUGAAAGCCUUCAGCCACAAUGCCUUAUCGUCGUAUGUACCAGUUAUACAACAGGUUGUCCAACAAUUUAUCAGAAAGUGGUGCCAUGAAGGUUAUGUAUUCGGUUAUCCGGAAUGUAAAAGAAUGACCUUUAAAGUGGCGUGUCAAAUAUUAGUAGGGUUUGAUAUGGUACAGUCCGAACAUCAGAAAUUAUUAACUGUAUUUAGAGUGUUUCUUGAUAAUCUCUUCUCAUUACCGCUGAAUAUACCUGGUACAGGUCUGUCAAAGGGAAUGAAAGCGAGAAAAGUCUUACUAGCAAAAAUCGAAGAGUGCAUUAAAGAUAAAUAUAAGAAAUCUGGUGCUGAUUUUAAAGAUGCCAUGAUGUUAAUGAUGGAUAUGAGUGACGAUGAAAAACUUAACUUGGAAGAGUUAAAAGAUGUCGGGUUAGAGUUGUUGUUUGCUGGACAUGCUACUUGUGCUAGCGCUGCAGCCUCCCUACUCUCUCAGCUAGCCAAAAAUAAGAGUGUUGUAGAUAAAAUCGCUGGCGAGCUUCUUGAAUAUGGGUUAGAUGAAGACACCAAAAAAAUAACGUUAGAUGAUAUCAAUAAAUUAACUUACGUAUCAAAUGUGGUUAAAGAAACAUUACGAAUAUCACCACCGGUUGGUGCUGGGUUUAGAAAAGUUAUCAAGUCUUUUGAACUGGAUGGAUACCAAAUACCAAAGGGUUGGACUCUAGCUUACAGUAUAAGGGAGACACAAGAAGCUGCCGAGGUGUUUAAUCAUGGGGAAAAAUUUGCUCCAGAAAGAUGGAAUAGCAUUAAGGAUGAAAAGUUUAGUUAUUUACCGUUUGGUGGUGGUGGACGUGCUUGUGUUGGGAAAGAAUUAGCUAAAUUAGUGCUAAAAAUAUUCGCAAUUGAACUAUCCAGAAGUUGUAAAUGGAGAUUGUUAAACGAAUCAGCCAAAAUAAACUAUUUACCAGUGCCACAUGCCUCCGAUGGUUUACCUAUAGAAUUCUCACAAAUCAUUACCAACAGACCUCGUGCUUUUACUUUUUAGACAAUAAUAAUAACUACCUGCCAAAUACUGCAAGACUGUUCAAUAGCAAAGAAUUCAUUUCCAGUUGGAAUCGUCCUAUAGGGGCAUUAACGCACAAGAAUCCAUAGAGUUCCAAGUGGAAAAAAGAAGUUUGCAAUAUGCUUUGAAAUGGAGUAUACCUGUCAUAAUAACAUACACAUGUCGUGGAGAAAAUAUCGAAAUAAAGAAGACAUUUACCGUUGUAUUUUCGCCAUUGUGUAUCAUAAUGUACCUAGUCAAUCAUACUAUCUAGAACUAGUUGUGUAAUUUAAUAAUAUAAUAAUUUUUAUUUGAAAUGUUCUUCACUAAUAAACACGUCAUCUUUUUAAA